CUCUUCCCCGGAAGCAGAAGUCACAUUACCACUUCCGGUUGCCUUCCGUAGCUGACGUACAGGUGGAUGUGUAUGAAGCUGCGAUGGCUGGAACAGCGUUAAAAAGAUUAAUGGCGGAAUAUAAACAACUCACUCUGAAUCCUCCAGAAGGCAUCGUUGCAGGUCCCGUAAACGAAGAGAACUUCUUUGAGUGGGAAGCAUUGAUCAUGGGACCAGAGGACACAUGUUUUGAGGGUGGUGUGUUUCCUGCUCUCCUCAGUUUCCCCUCCGAUUAUCCACUCAGUCCUCCAAAGAUGAAGUUCACAUGUGACAUGUUUCACCCCAACAUUUACCCAGAUGGCCGUGUGUGUAUCUCGAUCCUUCACGCACCUGGUGAUGAUCCGAUGGGGUAUGAGAGCAGUGCUGAGAGGUGGAGUCCUGUACAAAGUGUGGAGAAAAUCCUACUGAGCGUCAUCAGCAUGCUUGCAGAGCCAAAUGAUGAGAGUGGGGCCAAUGUUGAUGCCUCAAAGAUGUGGAGAGAGGACAGAGACCAAUUCAACAGACUUGCCAAGCAGAUUGUCCGCAAAUCCCUAGGACUCUAACAAACACACACACACACACACACACACACACACACACACACACACACACACACACACACAGCACUUUAUCUGAGCUGAACUUUUUUCCUGAUGUAGAAGUGAACGCACCCUUUCUCCUCAGCUGUUUAUCAGCUCUGGUCCUCUUCUGUGAUGAAGAUGGAGUUAUGCAGGAGGGAUGAGGAUGGAGGGAUAGAAAGAAGAAAGUGUUUCUCUCUUUAGAUGUAGAUUUAUUUUUUUCAGCAUGUGACAUACAGGUUUAGUUUAAUGCUGCCUUAUUAAAAUGACCCCAUGGGAUUGUGGGUAAUGACAGUGUUUUGCUAUAAAAGCAUGUUGCAGUUUAACUUGUUUUAAGGUUUGUGUUGAUUUGUUUCUCUGCAGUGACAAUAUGCAACAAUAAAACCACCUCAACCAUC